CCCUGCCGGAUUUUGGGAUCACCCCCGGAUUUUGGGAUCCCCUCUGGAUUUGGGAUCCCCCUCUGGAUUUUGGGAUCCCCGCUGGAUUUUGGGAUCCCCCUCUGGAUUUGGGAUCACCCCAGAUUUGGGGUCCCCCCGCUUUGGGGUCCCCGCCAUGGGGCUGUGGCUGCUGUGGCUCUGGGUCCCCCUGGGGCUGGCGGAGGAGGAGACGCUGCUGGACACGCGGCUGGAGACGAGUGACCUUCAGUGGACUGUCCACCCGCAGGGAGAGGGGCAGUGGGAGGAGCUGAGCGCGCUGGACGCGGAGCUGGGCGGGGCCGUUCGCACCUUCGAGGUGUGCUCGGGGCGGGGCCGGGGCGGGGCCGGCCGGGACCCCGCCCACAACAGCUGGAGCCCCGCCCAGAACAGCUGGAGCCCCGCCCAGAACAGCUGGCUCCGGUCCCGCUGGGUGCCCCGCGGCGCCGCCACCACCGUGCUGGCCGAGAUCCGCUUCACCGUGAUGGCGUGCGACAGCCUGGGGACACGGGGGCGGCCCUGCAAGGAAACCUUCUCGGUCUUCUACCACGAGUCGGACGCGGACACGGCCACGGCCACCUCGCCGCCCUGGAUGGAGAACCCCUACGUGAAGGUGGACACGGUGGCCGCCGAGCACCUGUCGCGGCCCGGGGGCGGCCCGGGGGCCCGCGUCAACCGCAAGGUGCUGCGGCUGGGCCCGCUGAGCCGCGCCGGCUUCUACCUGGCCUUCCAGGACCUGGGAGCCUGCAUGGCGCUGCUCUCCGUGCGCCUCUUCUUCCGCCGCUGCCCCGCCGCCACCGCGCGCCUCGCCCGCUUCCCGGCCACCGUGCCCGCCGAGCUGGUGGCCCCGGUGGCCGGGGCGUGCGUGGCCGGGGCGGUGCCGGCGGCGCAGGGGGUGCCGCUGAUGUACUGCCGGGAGGACGGGCGCUGGGCAGAGCCACCCGCGCUGGGCUGCGUGUGCGGGGCCGGGAUGGAGCCCAGCGAGGGCACGGGCUGCCGCCCCUGUCCCCCCGAGACGUUCAAGGCGGAGGCGGGGGGGGGUCGGUGCCAGCCCUGCCCCCCCCAGAGCGAAGCCCCCUCCCCCGGAGCCCCCUCCUGUCCCUGCCGCCCCGGAUUCUUCCGCGCCCCCGGAGAGGGACCCUCGGACCGCUGCUCCGCCCCUCCCUCAGCCCCCCGUGCCCUGGUGGCCCAGGUGAACGGCUCGGGGGUCCGGCUGUCCUGGAGCCCCCCCCGGGCCGGGGGGGACCGGCCGGACCUGCGCUACAAUGUGGGGUGCCGGGCCUGUCCCCCCCCCCGCGGGGCGCCCCCCCCGUGCGGCCCCUGCGGCCCCCUGGCCUGGGCGCCCCCUCCCCAGGGGCUGCGGACCCCCGCGGUCAGCGUGGCCGGGCUCCGGCCGCGGGUCACCUACAGCUUCAGGGUCAGCGCCCGCAGCGGGGUCACCCCCCCGGGACCCCCCGAGCCCCCCGCGGCCGAGAUCAACGUCACUGCUGGCGCCGACGUGCCGCCCCCCGUGUCCGACGUGGUCCGGGUGGGGGGGGGUCCCGGGGGGGUCACUCUGGCCUGGCCCAGCCCCCCCCCGGGCCCCCCCGGGCCCCCCGUGCUGGACUACGAGGUCAAAUACUAUGAGAAGUUGGGGGGCGGGGAGGGGCCCCCCCAGUUCCUGAAGGUUCCGCGGCCGCGGGCGGAGCUGGGGGGGCUGCGCCGGGGGGGUCUCUAUGGGGUGAGGGUCCGCGCCCGCUCCGAGGGCGGCUACGGCGACUUCGGGCCCGAGACCACCGUCAGCGCCCCGGGCAGCGAGGGGUCCCGGGGUGGUCCCGGGGGGGUCGUGGCCGGAGCCGCUGCCCUGGGGGGGCUCCUGGUGCUGGCGCUGCUGGGGGGGACCCUGGUGUGCCUCAGGCGCUGGCGGCUCCGGGCGGAGAAGCAGCGGCGCAGCCCCGCCCCCGGGGGGCUCGGUGGGAAGCUCUACAUCGACCCCCUGACCUACGAGGACCCCGAGGUGGCCCUGAGGGACUUUGCGCAGGAGAUCGACGUCACCUGUGUCACCAUCGAGGAGGUCAUCGGCGCAGGUGAAUUUGGGGAGGUGUGGCGCGGGCGCCUGUCCCUGCCGGGCCAGCCUGAGGCCGAGGUGGCCGUGAAGACGCUCAAGGGCGGCGCGGGCGAGCGGCAGCGCCGGGAGUUCCUGCGCGAGGCCGCGCGCAUGGGGCAGUUCCGGCACCCCAACGUGGUGCGGCUGCGCGGCGUGGUCAGCGCCGGGCCCCCCGCCAUGAUCGUCACCGAGUUCCUGCUGCACGGAGCGCUGGACGCCUUCCUCAGGGGCCGGGAGGGGACGCUGUCCCCGCUGCAGCUGGUGGCCAUGCUGCGCGGCAUCGCGGCCGGGAUGCGCUACCUGGCCGAGGCCGGCUUCGUGCACCGGGACCUGGCGGCGCGGAACAUCCUGGUGGACGCUCACCUGGUCUGCAAAGUGUCCGACUUCGGGCUGUCCCGGGCGCUGGACGGGGACAGGGACAGCGACCCCACCUACACCAGCUCGCUGGGCGGGAAGAUCCCGAUCCGCUGGACGGCCCCCGAGGCCAUCGCGUUCCGCACCUUCACCUCGGCCAGCGACGCCUGGAGCUACGGGAUCGUCAUGUGGGAGGUGCUGAGCUUCGGGGAGCGGCCCUACUGGGACAUGUCCAACCAGGACGUGAUCAAUGCCAUCGAGCAGGAUUACCGGCUGCCGCCGCCGCCGCGCUGCCCGCCGGCGCUGCACCGGCUGAUGCUGGACUGCUGGCAGCGCGAGCGCGGCGCCCGCCCCACCUUCCCCCACAUCGUGCGCGCCCUCGACCGCCUGAUCCGGCGCCCCGAGAGCCUCCGGGUGCCCCCCGCCGACCCCCACAGGGACCUGCUGCGCAUGGGGGUGACGCCGGCCGGGCACCAGCAGCAGAUCCUGGAGGGCGCCCAGAGCCUCCGGAGCCCCCCCAAAGGGGACCCCCAGUGCUGACCCCGCCCCCAGCCCCGCCCACAGCAAGAUGGCCGCCAGGGAACGGCGGUAAGGGACGCAGCUGGUGGGGGACAAAGAUGGCUGCCAGGACAAUAUGGCUGCCAGGAGGAUGUGGCUGUUGUCGCAAUAUGGCUGCCAAUUCAAUAUGGCCGCCAAUUCAAUAUGGCCACCAAUUCAAUAUGGCCACCAAUUCAAUAUGGCCGCCAAUUCAAUAUGGCCACCAAUUCAAUAUGGCUGCCAAUUCAAUAUGGCCGCCAAUUCAAUAUGGCUGCCAAUUCAAUAUGGCCACCAAUUCAAUAUGGCCGCCAAUUCAAUAUGGCCGCCAAUUCAAUAUGGCCACCAAUUCAAUAUGGCUGCCAAUUCAAUAUGGCUGCCAAUUCAAUAUGGCCACCAAUUCAAUAUGGCUGCCAUCACAAUAUGGCCACCAAUUCAAUAUGGCUGCCAAUUCAAUAUGGCCACCAUCACAAUAUGGCUGCCAGGACAAUGUGGCUCCACCCACCCAAUGGGCGGGGUCUGGCUGGGGCAGUCUCAGGGGCGGGGCCUGUGAGGACGUGGCCACCAAUGGGGGGCGGUCACACACGAGUGGGCGGGACCAACAUGGGCGUGGGCGUGUGGGCGUGGCCUGCAGUGGGCAGGGCCUAAAAUGGGCAUGGUCUGCAAUGGGCGUGGCCAGCAGUGGGCAGGGCCGGCAAUGGGCGUGGUCUGCAAUGGGCGUGGUCUGCAAUGGGCGUGGUCUGCAAUGGGCGGGGCCCCUCGGUGCUUUUAUUGUCCCCAAUCCCGGGUCGCAGCCAAUAAACGUGGCUGAUGCAAAUGAGGGGUGGGGCUGUGCCCCAGGGUGUCCCCAGGUGUCCCAAAGAUGUCCCCAAGUGUCCCCAGGUGUCCCCCAGGUGUCCCCAGAUGUCCCCCAGGCCACCACUGAGGUCCCCUCUGUCCCAGUGUCCCCUCUGUCCCAAUGUCCCCUUUUCUCCCAGGUGUCCCCACCGUCCCGAGUGUCACCAAAGGCCACCCCCAUCCUCGGUGUCCCCAUGGAUCCCGCUGUCCCCAAGGUCCCCUUUGUUGUCCCCAGGGCCACCCCGCUCCCAGGUGUCCCCAUAACCCCACGUGUCCUCCCGCUCCCAGCUGUCCCCGGUGUCCCCGAGGCCACCCCAGCUGUCCCCGGUGUCCCCAUGGCCACCCCAGCUGUCCCCGGUGUCCCCGAGGCCACCCCAGCUGUCCCCGGUGUCCCCACGGUC